GAUAGGUGAGUGAGUUCCGCGGUGCUUCUGUAGGAUGAUUCGAUGUUCCAAGACAGGCGGCGUUAUCACAGCUCCGAUUUGAUUCCCAGCACGGAUUACGACCAUACAUACGGCCAACGAAUCGAUCGAACGCUCCGAGCGUGAACGACUCAACUGCCUUUAUUCGCAAAGCUCGUCAGAGGGGGUUCUCUGUCGCAGAUUCCAUCCUCGUGACGAGAUAUCGAAUUCGAACGAGGGGAGAGGAGACUGAAGCGUUGACUUCCGACAGGAGCCCUACCAGAGCUUAGGUCCACAACCGCUCCGGUCUCUGCGCGGACAUGGCCUCAGUAUUACCGCCCGAGGCCGCCGAGGAUGUCCACCGCUCGGUCUCUACGCUCGAAACGCUGAGGAAAAAAUCGAAAUUCGAUGAGCUUCUCGAAGAGCGCUGGAAGCGAGCUCCACUGUGGUACACACUCGGGGCCUUACCGAACAAGCGUCUGGAGGGAAACUACGGUUUCGUUGUCGAAUUGAACGAGCAGCGAGCGACGAAGAGGAGGAAAGCCGAGGAUAUCCAGAGCAUUCGGCAACCCUUCGACCCGAGCCGUUUCAACUUCAACAAAGUUAACGAUCGCGAGAUUCUGUUCCGAGACAACGAGAACGCGCUCAUCGCAAACGUCGCUCCCUUGGGUCCGUGCCAAACGCUUGUUGUUCCCUCGGUGUCGGCUUGUCUCCCGCAGAUUCUAACCGCCGCAGGUCUGAACCUGACUCUGGACCUCAUGUUUCGCUCUGGGUCUCCGGACCUCAGAGGAGGAUUCAAUUCUCUCGGGGCUUACGCAUCUGUUAAUCAUCAGCACCUACAUCUGUAUUACGUGCGGCAUCGGAUGCUUCUUGAAACGAUAUUCGCAGAGCCGAUCGGACCGAAGCUCUUCUCGCUCAGCGAUUACCCCGCCAGAGGCCUCCUGCUCGCAGUCACAUUCGAUGACCGAUCGAGCGUGGAAUUGCUCCUACACGUGACCGACCUCCUGCUAGACAGUGACAUCGUCUUCAAUAUCUUCCUAACGCGAGGCUCUGCGCCGGGCGUGCGUUAUUUCUGUGCGCCAACGACAUACGAGGUCAUCCGAAUAUAUCUGUGGGCGAGGAAGCCCCGGAUGGGAGUGAAAGACUCUACUAAACUCAAUCUGGCCCUCUCCGAACUUGGUGGGCACAUUCCUGUCAAGAGCCAGGAGGCAUACGACUCGAUUUCAGAAAAACACAUAGUUGAGGAGCAGAAAUUACUAUGCGACGAACCCUUUGAGCAGAUGCGAAAACUAUUGCAAGACAAUAAAUUAUUGUUCCCCUAA